AACCUCACCAAUACAAUAGAAUUAUCAUUUUUCAAAGUGCACCAUCUUCAAGGAAAUUUCCUAGAUGGUAACCAAAUUUCAAUCUUUAUAUAAGAACCAUCUUUGUUAAUGAAGAUUCACUGCAAAGUAAUAAAAAAACUAUAAUAAGCUGAACAUUGCAAGUGCAUGCUUCAUUAAGAGAAACAAGAGUUGAAAAUGGAGAUUGAAGAAGUUUGUGAAACACAAGCACUUCCAUUGCUCUCAUUGAAUCAUGUCUCUCUUAUGUGUAGAUCAGUGUGGGAGUCUAUGAAGUUUUAUGAAGAUGUUUUGGGCUUUGUUCCCAUCAAAAGACCAUCUUCUUUCAAAUUUACUGGAGCAUGGUUUUAUAAUUACGGUAUUGGAAUACACUUGAUUCAGAAUCCAGACGUUGAUGAAUUUGAUACAUAUGUCAAUGAGUCAAGGCCAAUUAAUCCUAAGGAUAACCAUAUCUCCUUCCAGUGUACGGAUGUUGAACUUGUUAAGAAGAGAUUAGAAGAAAAGGGGAUGAGAUAUGUUACAGCAUUGGUAGAGGAUGAAGGAAUCAAGGUGGAUCAAGUGUUCUUCCAUGACCCUGAUGGAUACAUGAUUGAGCUUUGCAACUGUGAGAACAUUCCAAUCAUUCCCAUUUCUUCUUGCUCUGCCUCUUUCAAGCCUAGAAGCCAUAGCUUUAAGAGGAGUCCUUCUAAGUGUGGAUUCAUAGAGAAUGUUAUGAUGGAAAACUUGAGCUUGGACAUGAUGAACUUUGCCUUUUAAAAGUGAAGAACAUUAAUUCCACUUCAUUUUUUGUAAGAUAAGAAAAGUUUGUUCAUCAAAACAAAACAAAAAACAUGAUAGGUUUUGGUGGAUAAUUACGAGUGUAAAAUAGUUAGUCUUGGUUUAAUUUUGAGGGAAGAGUGGUUCAAAGAAAAGUUGUAUUGUAUUUAUAUCAUGUUUGUGUUUAAAAAUAAUAUUAAGAAGUUGUGAGGUUGUUCUA